AUGAAGUGGACCCCUGAGAACAUGAACAUCCUCUGGGAAACCCUCUUCGAAACCCACAACCUAACCAUCGACAUCGACAAGAUGGCCGCCGCCUGGCCCAACGAAGACAAAAAACCUACCGCCCGCGCCAUCAAAGAGCGUCUCGAGAAGUUCCGCCGGAACCUCAAGAACGGCGGGAGCACUAUCACCUUCAGUAUGGGUGGAAAGCGCGCAAAUACGGAGUCGCCUGAGGCGAAUCGGGUGAAGAAGCGGCGGGUUCCGGUCAAGAUGUCUACAGCGGGGAAGGGGGAGACUGGGGAGGAUGAGGGGGGUGUGCAGGGUAGUGAUGAGAUGGGUUUGAGCGUGAAGAAGGAGGAGGGAGAGCUGGGUGGUGUGUUUGGUGGUGAUGUUGUCUAG